AUGGAUAGCGAGAAGAGCAUGCUGAAAGAAAUCUUUUCCGUUAGCGCUGAGGAAUGCCCAUUGAGCCUUGAAUGGGACCAGCCGAGUGGACAAAUAUCAUCGCUGUUCCAGUCAUCUGUACAAAUUUUUGACUCUAACUCGAAUUUGAAGGUGAACACAAAGCUAUUGUUGAAUGGUAAUGCACAUGCUCAGUCGUGGAAUCCCCACAGUGGUGGCAAUCUGCUGGGAUUGGCGGUGGAUAACGACAUUAUAUGCUAUGAUUUGCGUACGUCAGAAAAGGCUCUCCUUGUCCAAGAUACUCACGCUCACCGCGCUCUUCACCUGGACUUCAAUCCCAACUUGCAACAUGUAGUCGCCUCUUGUGGAGACGAUGGUGCUGUCCGAUUAUGGGAUUGGCGCCAACCCGACACAUCUCUUGUAACAGUUGUACCACACGCUCACUGGGCUUGGCAAGUUCGAUUUCAUCCCGUCCACGAUCAGCUGAUCUUAUCAGCGGGAAGUGAUGCAACCGUAGUUCUAUCAUGUGUCCUGUCUGCGAGCAGUGAAAUGGGAGACUUAGGUCUUGAUGGUCCAUCUGAAGAUGCAGAUGAAGAAACAACCGAAAAACUAGAGGAUGGCCAAUUGGAAAGGAUAGAGGAGCAUGAAGAAUCAGUGUAA